AUGGCUCAAUCGAAUAAGCGCAUCACCCGGAAUCGCCAAUCGCUGGCCUGUGCCGAAUGCAGACGACGCAAGCUGAAAUGUGAUCGAAACCAUCCUUGCGAGAGCUGCGUCAGGCGUGGAGAUGGGACGCCUUGUGUCUACCAACACCAUGCCAAUGGCUCCGGCGGCGAACGUGAACGUGGUCAAAGGUCCUUUACCGAAGCCCGACUACAGCAUCUCGAACAGCUUGUCCUAGGUCUCGCUGAGGGCAGGACCAGCAAUGGCACCGGCUCGUCCUUCGUCAACUCGGAGACCGUGGCGGAAAGCGGUUCUUCUUGCACUCCAUCUUCCAGAGACCUUUCAUACCUAGGCUCGACACACUGGUCUGCUAUGCUAGACGGCAUCGAACAGCUAAGGGAGGCGAUCCAUGCCAAUGAGGAUGCUCACAUAGAGUCUCACGACCUCAUAAACGGCUAUGAUAUCAUGUUCGGUGCUGUUCCAACCUUAACUUAUCAGCAAGUACUGGCCCAGUAUCUGCCUCCGCGAGCAGAAGUCGAUCGUCACAUCGCUGUGUACUUCCGGUCUAAGGCCAUGAGAGCACCUUUCUUGCACGCCUCUCAAUUCUCCCGUCUUUACAAUGAGUUCUGGGAAGCACCCCAUGCUGCCUCACCUCUCUGGGUUUCUAUUUUGUUCUCGAUAUGCCACGUCUCGGACAACCUCAUUGUAUCCAAAGCACAGCCCGAGACAUCCGCCAACAACCACUUCGCUCAAGCAGCUGCACACUGCUUGGUAGCUGGACGGUACAACCAACCAAAACGCUUUGCUAUCGAGGCUUUGCUGCUGUACAUACAAGCCGAGCUGCUGACCUCUCUCGAGGUGGCGAACGACAUCAGCACCUUGUUAGCGCUGUCGGUACGUCUUGCGACCAAGGCCGGCUACCACAAAGACCCAGAGAACUUCAGAUGUUCCCCGUUCGAGAAGGAGAUGCGUCGCCGGACGUGGUCCUUGGCCAUGCAAUUGGAUUUACUUAUCUCCUUCCAGUGUGGAACACCUUCUGCUGUCCAAUAUCCCACUUGGAACACUCUGCCUCCCACAAACCUUAUGGACAGUGACUUUGAUGAAGAAUCCACAGUACUGCCACCCGCUCGGUCUGAUUCGACUGACACCGACAUACUGUUCUACAUCUCCAAGCAUAAACUGAUGGCCGUGUUCGAGAAAAUCCUGAGGCACGCACUAGGCCCGCUCGACAAUGAAGGCAACGUUGUUCAAGCACUGGACAGCGAACUCAGAGAUACAUACAACGCCCUACCCGAUAUGCUCCGCCCGCGAUCGAUGGCUGACUCCAUACUCGACCCACCUGCCAACAUCGUCACCCGACUGUGCGUCUUCGCCAUCUGCGCCAAGAGCCUCUGUGUCCUGCACCGUCCCUAUGCGGUGAAAGGUCGACCAGCCAGCGUCAAAACCUGCUACGAAGCAUCAUCAGAACUCAUAGGGCACUUCUGCGACGCCUACGCCACGUUCCAACCUGGGCAGCAGAAUGAAUCCGAGCUCUGGUUCAUGGGCAGCAUCACGUGGUACGAUUUUCUCACUGCGACCAUGGUGCUUUGUCUUGUACUUUGCAUCACGAGCGAGAACCUCGUGGGGGUGCAAAUUGACAGAGAAGAGUCGAUGGCGCUGCUGCGAAGGGUGCAUGCGUGCGUACAGAAGGGCACCAGGAGUAAAGACACAAGGCGUGUGAUCAGGCUGCUCGAAUAUGUCUUUGCGCGCUUUGGGAACGAUGCCACGGGACCCCAUCAAUCAACAGCGUCGAACGGCGUGGAUGGCAAGAGCUACGCUACUACGCUCGGUAUCCCCGGCUUGAGUUCUGGUUUCCCGUCAGCAGCACCCUUUCUGGAUAUGCCAGGAUCUCACGAGGGCGUGGCUUCCUCUGAUGGUGCGUGGCAGUUUGAUGAUGUUCAAGAUCGGGCCUUUGACGAUCCAUCGUGGACUUUUCUGGAAGAAUUCUUGCAGCUACCAGACGAUGACUUCUCGCUCGCUCAGUGA